UUUUUAACUCGCAUCAUCAAAGAAGCUACAGAAUGAUAAUGCAGAAGUCUGCCCGAGCCACAAUAGCAGUACGGUAGUGUUUUACGCCACUUGCAUUCCAGUAACCUUUAUAGUCCUUAUUCUCUCCCCUCUCCUCAGCAGGCCAGGCUCAACCUGCCCAAUGUCUCACCAGCAAACAUUACCUGUGUGCCUUACAACUCUCACCACCACCACCACCCCCCUCCUCAUCACAGCCAACAAACUCUGCUGCCUCCACCACCGACACCAGCCCGCGGCAGCUCCUCCCUCAGCGGAAUACCUCACGGCCUGGGCGCCGCCCCCUCUUCCCCCUCGACAAGUGAGAGCUGGAGAAAGCAGCAGCAAAGGAACAGCCACGCCUCCAGUGUGGCGUCAAGCCGGUACCCUGGAAAUCAGGGUCUAGAAACUCAGGGUCACAGGCGACCUUUGGAGAGGGGAGCCCCCCUGUUAGGGCAUGGGCCCCCUCACGCAGGCCGUCCCGCGAUGCCAGGGACCACCCCCGCUGCCACGGACAUCUGCCGGAGUAACCCCUACAGCGGCAGCAGCGCGGUCCAAGUCACGGCGCCCCCCACUGGCUCUCCGACUCCUGGCGUCCUGAGAUCCACGGCAGGCUGGAAGGAGCCUCUGCCGACUCCGGUCCUGAUGUCUCCGGGGCUGAGGGGAGGAAACCAGCUGCUGGGAGAUCAGGACGGAAGAGAGGUCCAGCCUCCGUUAGAGAAACGGGAGUACUUUUACAAUCGCUGUGAGCUGCCCCAGACUGCCAAUGCUACAACUACACCAACAUCCUCCUCUUGCUCCUCCUCCUCCCCCUGUAGCGUGCAGACGCCGCAGUUUGAGAAGGUGAAAAACACGACAGCCGAGACCAGCCACAAGCCGCCUCUGUCUCCUUCUCCUCCUCCUCCUGCCUCCGUGCAGCCCCCUCCCCGGGCCGCCCCCUCGCCCAGCCCUUACCGACACAAGCCUCUUCGCAGGCAGCCGCUGAGCAUUGAGGAGGUGCUGGACAAGCUGGAUGCAGAGCUGGAAGGCAGGGUCCGAGAACGGGAGAUGGAGGAGGAGGAGGAGGAGGGAGAGGGAGGAAAGCAGCCGGAGGGAGACGGAGGAGAUGAGGAGGAGGAGGUGGCGAGUCUGGAGUGCCUGCUCUCCACGCCUGCGGUCGAGGCUCGGGGGGAAGAGGACGGAAAGGCCUGUCCACGCUACGGGGAGAAAGAGCAGGGGCCUCCUUUCUGGCAGUCGGAAAAGGCCACGGCCCCCGUCAUCGUUUCCGCUCCCUCUGCUUCCGCGGCCAGGCUGGAUUUCGUCGCCAAGCGGGAGAGACAGAGUAGUGGGUCGGGCAGUCCUCCUCAUCAACUACCCCAGGCUCCAAACACCUCAAGAACUGCAUCGCCCUCACCGUCGCCCUCGCCACUGCCAUCGUCGCUCAGGCCCUCGCAGACAGCAGCCGUUUUACCCAAAGACCCGGGCACCUCAGGGGUCCUGCCUCUCUUCCCCACAGAAACGCAGGAAUACCCGACGACCAGGACAGAAGGAGGAGGAGGAGGAGGAGGAGGGAGGAAACCCCCUGAGAAGCUCUUUGAAGAUUUCCCCAGCCGGACGGGAGACCAGGGGACGGGGGACCAGUUCGAGGAGCCCAUUCUCCCAGACGGCCUGGCAAAUAUCAUGAAGAUGCUGGACGAGUCGAUCCAGAAGGAGGACGAGUUGUACAACGGCAGCGCUGACGGCGAUCGCUACUCCCCCAUCUCCCCUCUGCCCAUGCCCCGGUCCCUGCCGGGCCUCAAGGACAACCGGCAGCCUCCUCCCUUGCUGGAGAGACCCAAACCCUCUAACGUGGAUUUCAGACUGGUGAACAAGACCCCCCCGGCCUUGAGCAGGCAGGGCUCGCUGGCGUCGCCUGCCAGGUUAUCGACUUCAUGCAGCAGGGUGUCCUCAGUCUCUGAAGAGGGGGCGAGGAGCCCUUCUUUAAAGCUGAGCCCAGGCAGCCAGCGGCAACCAACUCCCUCCUUCCCCCCGGCUCCUCUGGUCAAGGAGAGUCACGUUUACAACAGCAGCAGCUACCUUCACAACGACCUGGCCAAGCUUUACGGCUUCCCCGAGCGGAAACGAGAGGAAUCUGCGAGCGGAAUUGAGGAGGAGGAGGAGGAGGAGGAGGUGGAAGAUGAUGAAGAUAACAAGCUACUGCACUCUCCAGCCAAGCUGCUCCAAGCUCCUCCUCGGCAGCAGCAGCAGACAGGCGUGGGGAACAUGUUCAAAUCCCUCGCCUCGGUCCUGGAGAGCCAGAAGUAUUCCUACAGGGGAGGGCCUUUUGGAAGGCCCCCCCCUGGCGGUGCUGGAAAUCGGGGUUCUUCCUUCAAGUACGCCCCCCCUCCUGCACCGCUGCGGUUCUCGUCGGACAAGCCGGCCCGGGAAGACGAGGAGCCGUGGGGCAGGGGGGGAACCACGACCCAAACCCGCCAGGAGGAGGAGGAGGAGGAGGAUGGGAAAGCCGGGGUUAGGGGUCUGGAGAAGGCAGCCAGGACUUCCAAAGUGAAGGAGGAGGCGAAGCAGCAGCCGGCGAUCCUGUCUGAGGCGUCCAUGUCCGAGCUGAGCCGGAGCUGUGAGGUCCUUCUGACCCGGCACGCCAUUCCCGCCGGGAGCUGCCGGGUCAAGCCCGGGAAGGAUCACAGGAAGACGGAGAGGGCAGAGAAGGGCUGCAAAAGCGAGAGGAGGGAGAGGAAAGACCGUAGAGAGCACAAGAGGCACAGGAAGAGGGAUUCUUCACCGACAUCCAACACCUCUUCAUCAUCUUCAUCUUCUUCUGUUCGGAGCGGAACUGGCAGCAGCAGCAGCUCAAGCAGGCGACACAAAGACAAGGAAGGCAAGUCGCACAAGGAGAAGAGCAGGCGAGUGCUGGGCAAUCUGGACAUGCAGAGAAAGGGCAGUCAAGCCAGGGAGAAGGGGAAGGGCGACUGCGCUGGAGUCGGCGCCGAGCCCAGGAUGAAGGUGGCGGGCGGCGGGGAAGUGGCCUCUCCUCACCCGGGAGGGAGUCCCUCCACCCCGCGGCGGCGGGGGGGCCCUGGGUCUGCGGACUUCCUGAAGCUCAAGGGCCUCUCGGACGAGCCCCCCAAGGAGCUGAAGAUCCGCCUGAUCAAAGUGGAGAGCGGCGAGCGGGAGAGGUUCAUCGCCUCCGAGGUGGAGGAGAAGAAGAGCGUCCCGCUGUCCCAGAUCACCAUCAGCAACACGGCCAGCGAGGUCGUCCGAGCCUGCAGGAAUGCGAAAAUCAAAGGGAGGUUUCGAGAGUCUUAUCUCUUGCCUGCGUUUUCUGUGAAGCCUGUGAUGGGAAAUUCGGGCAGCCCCCAGGAGAGACUGAACCCUCCCACCCCCAGUAUCUACCUGGAGAGCAAGCGGGACGGAUUCUCCCCAGUGCUCCAGCAGUUCUGCACGGACCCCAAAAACCCCAUCACUGUCAUUAGGGGGCUGGCUGGAUCCCUGCGCCUCAACCUGGGCCUCUUCUCCACCAAGUCCCUGGUGGAGGCGAACGGCGAUCUCUCUGUGGAGGUGCGGACGCAGGUCCAGCAGCCUUCCGACGAGAACUGGGAGCCGACUGGAGGCAGGCAGACCUGGCCGUGCGAGAGCAGCCGUUCUCACACCACCAUUGCCAAGUACGCCCAGUACCAAGCCUCCUCCUUCCAGGAGAGCCUGCAGGAGGAGAAGGGAAGUGAUGAAGAGGAGGAUGAAGAAGAGACCCCUGUCGCCUCUGAGCCCCCCAGCAACAGUGCUGCGGAUCAGAAACCAGUGGGAAAGAUUAUCAAAUUCGGGACAAACAUUGACCUGUCAGACGCCAAGCGGUGGAAGGCUCAGCUGCAGGAGCUGUUCAAGCUGCCCGCUUUCAUGCGCGUCUCGUCCAGUGGGAACAUGCUGAGCCACGUGGGGCACACCAUCCUGGGCAUGAACACAGUGCAGCUCUACAUGAAGGUCCCGGGCAGCCGCACCCCAGGUAACAGGACCCAAAAAACGCAGGAUUUACAAAAAU